AUGGCUGACAACCACAGACUUAUGGCUACUACUAAAAAUAUAAAGCGUGAACUUAAUCAGGUUAGAGCUAAGAAAGACUCUAAUCUAUUAGGAGGAGAUUUUGGAGUCGAGAUCUUAGGAGUGGUUAUUGAUCAAGUUUAUUGGGGGUCAUUACUUCAAACCGUUGUCAUCGUUUGGUUGUCUGAUUUUAUCUGUGGAUUUUCGAUUAAGAGUAAAUAUGCCAAGAAUAUUGUUGAGAAGUUUGGCCUUGAAAAGGCUAGUAUCAAACGAACUUCUGCCCUCACACAUGCUAAAAUUUUAAAAGACUCAAGUAGAACUCAAGUUGAUGAGAGUCUGUACAGGAGAAUCAUUGGAAUUUUGCUCUAUUUAACAGCUAGCAGACCUGACAUUGUGUUUGUUGUUGCUAUUUGUGCUAGAUAUCAGUUCAGUCCCAAAACUAGCCACCUGCUUAAUGCUACAAGAAUAAUCAAGUACAUCAGUGGCACUAAUGAUUACGAUUUGUUAUUCAUAUUUGAUACAAGUAGCUCUCUAGUUGGCUAUUGUGAUACUGGUUGUGCUAAGAGCUUUGAAGACAGGAAAAGUACAUCUAAAGAUUGCUUCUUUCUAGGCAACAACUUGAUUUCGUGGUUUAGCAAGAAACGAAACUGUGUUUCUUUGUCAACAGCUAAAGCUGAAUACAUUGCUGCAGGGAGUAGUUUCACUCAGCUGAUAUAG